AUGGAUGCGGAUCUCGCGUUAUCGAUCGCCAUCAAGGCCUCUACCACCCUCAUCGCUGCAACCUCUCCCCCACAAGCCUCGCAAACCUCACCACAACACAUGUUAUACUACCAUGGUGCCACCGUGACAGGGAUGGGAGACGACCCAAAAGGAGAUGGUGGCCGCCCUGGGGGGUUGGCACUCUUAUCUUUGGUCUUCAAACGAUGGAAAGAACGGCCCCAGAGGCCAAUAAAAGUCUGGGCGUUUGACGUCUCGAAACAAGUGUUCGGCUCGUUCAUGCUGCAUCUGGCAAACCUUCUAAUGUCCAUGUUUUCAGCUGGUCAGCUGGAAAUACGAAUGGACUAUAAACCCAAUCCCUGUUCCUUCUACCUGCUAAAUCUCGGAAUCGAUACUACUCUUGGUAUUCCUAUAUUGAUUGUUGCGCUUCGGAUUUUGAAUCUGAUUGCUUCCUACACCAUUCUCGCCAACCCUCCAGAAUCGAUUGAGUCCGGGAACUACAGUAACCCCCCUCGCGCAUCAUGGUGGUUUAAACAAUCCAUUAUCUACUUUUUGGGUCUGUUGAUCAUGAAAAUAUGCGUAUUUUUCUUGAUUCAGCUGUUUCCCUUCAUUAUCAAGGUUGGCGACUGGGCUUUACGGUGGACAGAAGGAAACACGGCCCUUCAAAUCACCUUUGUGAUGCUUCUCUUCCCUGUCACCAUGAACGCUAUCCAAUACUACAUUAUCGACACAUUCAUCAAGAAACCCAUGUCUCGCGACUUCUUUGCCGAUGAUGAUUCUCGUAGUGAUGCUGUCGCAGAUGAAGACCUUCACCGAGAAGGUCUGCUGGAUGGUAUUGAUGAGGCCUAUUCGUCCGAUUCUGAUAAUGACAGCUCCCCAGGGAAGAAAUCACCAGUUCCAGUCUUACACCCCAAGGCAUCGAUUCAGGAAUCAGAAGUGCUCAUGAGUGAGGACCAUUCGCCAGUUCCUCCUUAUCAUGCUCAUAGUUCCAGCUCUGGCAGCAGUCAUCGCAAUCAUGACGGACAAUCCAAACCUGUGGUAUAA